AUGUGCUUUAAUGAUAAUGAUCAAAAGCUUUGGGAUGAAGAUCCACAUGAAUAUGUAAGGAAAGGCUAUGCUUCUGCAGAAUACAAGCCCUAUAGACAGAAAGAUGGUGCUCUUCUUGCCAUUGGGGCACUUUGUGAUAAAUUGAAGCAGACUGAGCCAUACAAGUCUGAACUUGAGCGUAUGUUAGUGCAACAUGUCUUUCCCGAGUUCAGCAGUCCUGUUGGCCACCUUAGGGCUAAGGCAGCAUGGGUUGCAGGACAGUAUGCCCAUAUUAACUUUUCAGAUCAGAACAAUUUCCGGAGGGCUUUGCAGUGUGUGGUAUCCAGAAUGCAGGAUUCUGAACUUCCUGUGCGUGUUGAUUCUGUUUUUGCUUUGCGUUCUUUUAUUGAAGCUUGCAAAGAUUUGAAUGAAAUUCGUCCUAUUCUUCCUCAACUCCUUGAUGAGUUUUUCAAACUUAUGAAUGAGGUUGAGAAUGAGGACCUUGUAUUCACAUUGGAGACUAUUGUGGACAAGUUUGGGGAAGAGAUGGCCCCUUAUGCACUUGGGUUGUGCCAAAACUUGGCUGCUGCAUUUUGGAGGUGUAUGAAUACUGCAGAAGCUGAUGAUGAAGCUGAUGAUCCAGGUGCUUUGGCUGCUGUUGGUUGUUUACGUGCUAUUAGUACAAUACUUGAAUCAGUGAGCAGACUUCCUCACCUUUUUGUUCAAAUCGAGCCAACCUUGCUUCCCAUAAUGCGCAGAAUGUUGACAACUGAUGGUCAAGAGGUUUUUGAAGAAGUUUUGGAGAUUGUAUCUUAUAUGACCUUUUUCUCUCCAACAAUAUCGUUGGAUAUGUGGAGUCUUUGGCCAUUGAUGAUUGAAGCCCUGGCUGAUUGGGCAAUUGAUUUCUUUCCAACCAUGGUUGAGGGUAACUUCAUUCAGGAUACUGGUCAACCUGCUAUAUCGUUGUUUUUCUCCCUCACCCUUGUUUGUAAUGGGUUUGAUACCUGUUCUGGUCUGUUUACAUUGAACGCAGAUAUUUUGGUUCCUUUGGACAAUUAUAUUUCAAGGGGAACUGCUCAGUUCCUUUCUUGCAAAGAACCGGACUAUCAACAGAGUUUGUGGAAUAUGAUUUCAUCUAUUAUGUCGGAUAAAAAUAUGGAGGACAAUGAUAUUGUACCCGCUCCAAAGCUUAUUGAAGUUGUCUUCCAGAACUGUAGAGGACAUGUGGAUCACUGGGUUGAACCGUAUCUUAGAAUUACCGUUGAACGCCUGCGUCACACUGAAAAAUCAUAUCUGAAAUGUCUUUUCAUGCAAGUGAUUGCAGAUGCUCUUUACUACAAUGCAGCACUGACCCUUGGCAUAUUGCAAAAGCUAGGUGUUGCAUCAGAAAUCUUCCAUCUUUGGUUCCAGUUGCUGCAACAAGUUAAGAAGAGUGGAAUGCGUGCUAACUUUAAAAGGGAACACGAAAAGAAAGUAUGCUGCCUUGGUUUGACGUCAUUACUGUCACUUCCUGCUGAUCAAUUGCCAGCAGAGGCUCUAGGAAGGGUGUUCCGAGCAAAUCUUGAUCUUCUAGUUGCCUACAAGGAUCAAGUUGCAGAAGCUGCAAAAGAGGAAGAAGCUGAAGAUGACGAUGAUAUGGAUGGUUUUCAAACUGAUGAUGAAGAUGAGGAUGGCAAUGGUUUUGACAAGGAAAUGGGAGUUGAUGCUGAUGACGGCGAAGAUACUGAUACUAUCACACUAAGAAAGUUGGCUGAACAGGUGUGUAGUUAUGAUGACCUUAAAAUCAUCUGCUUGCAUAUAAAGGAAUUCUAUGGUAUGCCUAUAUGCUUGAAUGAGCUGUUCAGCAGUCUCUUGUUACAGCUUUCGUCAUUGCAUAGUGGCAACAUUUUGUUGGUUUUGAGUCCCCGUAUAAUUGCUUUUGCUUUAAAAUCUGCGAAGUCAUUCCGGCCCAAUGAUGAGGAUGAUGAUGAUUCAGAUGAUGAUUAUAGUGAUGACGAAGAGUUGCAUUCCCCGAUUGAUGAGAUUGAUCCUUUCAUUUUAUUUGUGGAUACAAUCAAAGAAAAUGCCAAGUUAAAAUUCAAAGAUUCUCCAUUCUCGUGCUGGCGCGUGGGCCCAAUCUCCUUCUCCCUCUCUCGAGUCUUCUUCACUCACCGAACAAACACAACGCCUCACAACACUCGCUGCAUCGCGUGA